UUAAACGAGCUGGGCUGGGCAUCUCCGGCCGACCCGCCUGGGAGCAGAGGAUCACAGGGACCGUGUGACUCGCAGGUCGGAGUGCGCAAAGCAACGCGCCCCUGUGAUUCAUCCGCAGUUUCCAGACGUUGCGCAGGUGGAGGCGAAGAGGAGAGGAAGCAGCCGCUCAGGACGGACGGAUGAGACGUUCAGGGAUGUUCAGUACGCGCAAGAUUUAUUCCAGCUGAGGAACAAACAGUGUUUUUUCUCCACCCCUCGGUGUUGCAUUGAUUUGGAAGCGGUGGCUUCAUUUGGCGCAGCUCUAACCCAUUUUUCCUCCAUGACAAAAGUUUGACUGUUAAAAAAUGAUGCUCUGCUCCGCUCCUGCUUUUUCAUGCACUGCUGUGGAUUCCGGCGUCAGCCUGAGCGGCCAGUCAGCACUUGAGAAAUAGCUGCGAGUCUUUCGGUCUUAAUUUCGGUGCCAGUUUGAACAAACAGAGGGCUUUUAUUCCCGCACAUCAGCUCCCCGGGAUUGCAUCCGUGUGAAUUAAUGUCGCACUCCAUAAUGGACUUCCUCGGACUGUACUUCUUGCAGCUGGCUCUUAUUGGAGUCCCACGUAUGGCUCUCUCUGCAGGCGGGAGGGACUGCCUGCGUGCCGGAGACACCUGCUCCAGCGACGACACCUGCAGCCCGCGCCUGCGCACCCUCAGGCAGUGUGUGGCGGGGGACGGCAGCGUGAAGCUGGGGCCCGGGGCGCGAAACCAGUGUGAAAACGCCAUGACGGCACUGCUGUCCACUCCUCUGCACGGCUGCCAAUGUAAACGAGGCAUGAAGAAGGAGAAGAACUGCCUGAGCAUCUACUGGAGCCUGCAUCAGUCCGUGCUGCACGGACUCAGCCUGGUGGAGAGCUACCCAUACGAACCAGAGGAGAGGGGCUCCGACUACGUGCGCCUGGCCUCCAUCGCUGCAGAGUCUGAAGUGACGACGGUGAACCGCUGCCUGGAUGCCGCCAAGGCGUGUAACAUCGACGAGACAUGUCAGAAGCUCCGCACGGAGUACGUGUCGUCCUGCAUCCAGCCGUCGGCCCGCUCGGGGCCGUGCAACCGACCCAAGUGCAACAAGGCGCUGAGGAAGUUCUUCGACCGCGUUCCACCCGACUACACCCACGAGCUGCUGUUCUGUCCCUGCACCGACACGGCCUGCGCAGAGCGCCGCCGGCAAACCAUCGUGCCGUCCUGCUCCUACGAGGACAAGGACAAGCCCAACUGUUUGGCCCAGCUGCGCAUCUGCAAGGCCGACUACGUGUGCAGGUCUCGCUGGGCACAGUUCCAGUAUGAUUGCCAACCCUCGGAGCAGAGCGCCAGCGGCUGCAAGCAGGAGAACUACGGAGCAUGUCUACUUGCGUACACCGGCCUGAUAGGAAGCACAAUAACUCCAAACUACCUGGACAACUCCACGUCCAACGUGGGGCCGUGGUGCUCCUGCGCAGCCAGCGGCAACCACAGGGAACAAUGCAACGACUUCCUCACGUUCUUCCACGACAACGUCUGCCUGAAAAACGCCAUCCUGGCCUUCGGGAACGGAUCGGACGUGAAAACGGGCGCCGGCCAGCCCGGGAUGCCCAGCCCAGCGACGGACAACCAGAGCCCGCACUUGGCAACCACCGCCCCAGGCGUCUCCAUGGAAACAGAGCAGAACAUUCUGAGAGCACAGAUACCUACUCAGGUAAAUGAGAACGACAGAUUGUGGGGCGACGAGGGAGACUCUACCCUUCCCUCUCCGGGCCUGUCGGACCGUGGAGCUGAGCCUGUGCGCCUGUCCCUGCUGCUGGGCCUCGGCUGGCUCGUCCUGCUGCUGCUCUCUGACCAAUAAGAGGCCUCGCUCAGCUGGCCUCCACGGACAAAUAGGGGAGGGUUGGUAUGAAAGAAAGAGCCAUUUCUAUGUGUCAAACGACGGUGGGGGAAAGGGUCGACUCCGUCCUGCCCCACCCCCCUCUCCCUCUCUGUCACAAAAAUCACACUUAAUCUCUUUUUGUGAAUCAUGACUCAGAGCAGAUGUUUUGUGCCGCCCACGCCCGUGAGAAGAUUGUUGGAGAGGGUGCCGCCGCCGCACCACGGAGGAGGGAGGGGACCAGGAAGUACACACCUCAUUUCUUGCUUCACGCCUGUCCAAAUACAAACUGUUACACAUGACACACACAUGCAAACUUUGUUCAUAAGAAAAUAUCAUUGGAGCUUCAGUGGGGUUCAGAAGGUGUACAGUGAAGAGACACUGACGAUGCAGUGCAGGAAAAAUCUAAAAAAUAUAAAAAUUAAAAAACAAAACAAAAAAAAAACACUAUUUUUUUUUUUUUUUUGUUCCUGAACAUUCCUCGAUGUAAAAGAAAAAUAUUAAUGUUAAGACUUUUGUCUCAGAAGAACUGUGAUGAAGUGUUUCACAAGAUUUAAGGUGGAUGUGUGUUUGUCCACAUGCAGCACUCGGCUCAUUCUGCUCUGCUCUUUACUUUAAUGCCACAUUUCUUUUAUUUUAAAUCUUAAUUAAUUAACAUAAUUUUGUUACCCAGAAUGUUAGAUGGAAGCACAUGUGUAUAUAUAUAGUUAUAAUCGAGUCAAAUCACAAUGAAAUUCUUUGACUGUUUGUUGUUGUGUUUUCAGUUGCAAGAUGAAGAGUUCAUUUCCAAAUAAAGAACAUGUAGAAAAUAUAAGUUGUGAAUUGAAAUUUAACACUGAAUUAAGAUUAAGAAGAUUUCCCAAAGUCUGCAGAAGUUUUUUAUUUCAUCAAACAAGGACCUACAUGAUUUAUUAGCCUUUAACGUACUGGACUUUGCUUUGAUUUUAAAGCUUUGAAUCAUUUUGUAUGAGUAGAUGUCAUUUUUGCAGACAGUGGAUACCUCACUUUGGAAGGGGACUCUUCAUGUGCUCAUUCAUUCAGCUUUAAGUGUGAGGGUGAGACAAACAUUUGGGUUUGUUCCUCUUCAGAAAUGUAAAAAAAAAAAAAAAAAAAAAAAAAUAUUUGUGGUUUUGGUGACGCAACAAGAGAUGGAAACAAGUUUAUAUUUUUUAACUAUAUGUGGAAUUUACCGCAGAGAAACUGACGAGUUUGUGACCAAUCAUGCUUUGCCGCUGUGGGAGGGGUUGCUGGGAAAACAGACGGUGUGGGGUUUGAUGCGUGAACGGAUGCAUCUGUCUUUGGAGAGACUUUUGAGAUGAAGGUGACCCAUGUUGGCCCACUACUCACUGGGACCCUUUGCUCAAUGUGAGACGCCAGAGGAUUUACAAUGUGCUCUGCUUCGUGAAGCAGACGUGUUUAUGAGAAGUGUCGGGACGGACAGACGGAGGUUGGUUAGGCGCAAAACGCUCUUAACAAGGAAUGUGUCAUCUUCAAUACUGCCACUGAAUCCAGUUCUCUGAGGAAGCACCCGUUUGUGUCACUGCAUUAUUCAACGACACAGCACACGCUGACUUUAACACCGAGACCGAACACGUGAGCGACAGCAGACCUGAUGAAAGUGACAUGUUCUCGUUCGAGUUGGACCUAAAAACGCUCACACAGUAUAAGCUCAUAUUGUCAUAACAGCACAAACCUGUUGGAUUCUGUCUGCCAAGUUUUACAGGACGGAGAAAAAACUGUUAUUUCUUCCUCACUGACGUCCAUAUCGUUUUGAAAUGAGACCCCAAUGGGUUUUAACAGGGUUGUACGGAUCUGAAAACACAUCAACAGCUCUCUUAAAGGGGCAGUUCACGCAAAUCACAGAUAUCCUCUCCCCUCUGCCCUCAGUGGUGACAUAAAGAAGUGUGAUGCAUUCACUUGAGACUUGAAAUAAAGACAUUAUUAUCUCAGUUCAGAAAAAUAGGGCAAACGUGUGUUCUCCAUCAAAACUUUUAAUUCUAACAAGAUUAUUACCUCAGAAUUCUGGGAACAGUUUAUUAUCUCGUCAGUUCAAAAAACAAUCACUUCAAUUCAGAAAAACAAGCAUUUACUUGGGCUGCAGUCAGCCAAAGAAAAUCUUUGACUGAAAUGCUACCUACUCUAUAACCAGUGGAUUGGACGAUGGGGGAAAAAAUUCUGCACGUUACUUCUAGUUAACUAAAUCACCACAGAGCACUGAGUGACCUCUCUCUGGUAACGCUGUGUGUUCACCAAGGCAUUUUUUCUCAUGACGUUACUAAUGUUAAAUGUCUCUGUGACGCUGCACAGAGAGAGAGAAACUUCCUGUUUUUAACCCAGAUGCUAACAUUAGCCAGUAUAAUAAAUCCACAGUGAUAAUAUCCAACAAUUUAUGUGACUAUUUACCCGUCUAUUAGUUCAGAAGAAAAAGAACAGAAUUUUUUCAUGAAAAAUAUUUUCCUGAUUGCUGAACAUUAAUUUAGAAA